GUGGUCCGAGGAUUUACGUGAACAGGCCACGUGAAGAAGCUGCUGAGCAAUUGGUACGCGACUAUUUCUGUGAUGAUCCUACCUACAAGAAGAAGGUAUUUCGUAGAAGAUUUCGGAUGAGAAGGCCCCUUUUCGAGCGUAUCAUACAUGCACUAGGAGAGUGCUCUCCAGAGUUCACGCAAAGGAAAGAUGCUCUUGACCGUGAUGGACUAUCUCCAUUGCAGAAAUGCACAUCAGCUAUUCGCCAAUUGGCAUAUGGUACUCCCGCUGACGCUCUCGAUGAGUACCUGAAGAUUGCCGAGUGCACAUCAAUUAAGUGCUUAAAGUUGUUCGUCAAAGGCGUGAUUCAUAUAUUUGGUGAUGAGUAUAUGCGAAAACCCAAUGUCAACGAUGUGCAGCGCUUACUUGAUAUUGGAGAGGGUCGUGGGUUUCCUGGCAUGUUAGGAAGCCUCGACUGUAUGCACUGGCGUUGGGACAAAUGUCCCAUGGAGUGGAAGGGACAAUUCACCAGUGGGUAUAAAGGCGUCCCUACUCUUAUUCUAGAGGCGGUUGCUUCUCAUGAUCUUUGGAUAUGGCAUGCAUUUUUUGGUGUUGCUGGAUCCAACAAUGACAUCAACGUGCUUAAUCAGUCAACGUUGUUCCUUGAGCAACUGAAAGGGCAAGCUCCUCGAGUGAACUAUAAUGUCAACGAGAAGGAAUAUCAACUUGGUUAUUACCUUGUAGAUGGAAUAUACCCAGAGUGGGCAGCAUUCGUGAAGUCGAUACCUAUGGCUCAAACAGAAAAACAGAGGUUGUUUGCUAAACAUCAAGAAGGUGCAAGGAAGGAUGUGGAACGUGCAUUUGGUGUGCUCCAGGCGCGAUGGUCUAUUUUACGGCGCCCGGCACGUUUAUAUGACCGGGGCGAUCUCCAUCAUAUUAUGUUAGCCUGCAUCAUUCUACACAACAUGAUAGUUGAGGAUGAAAAAGAAGAGGCGGGGAAUAUGCUUGAUUUGAAUGAGGAAGCAGGCUCAUCAAUUGUUUUCCCAUCAGUAUUUACUCAUGGUGGCAUGCCAAUAUUUGCCAAGGUACUUCAAAGAGAUGCUAGAAUUCGUAAUCGUCCGAUGCAUAAGGCUCUAAAAAAUGAUUUGAUUGAGCAUAUAUGGAGAAAGUUUGGGCGACGAUAG